CGUCAUCAAAUGGCGACCUAAAAUAACAAGCUGCGUGGAAGGGCCUCCCUCCCUCCCUCCAAAUGACAGGUUCGAAUCCCAUCGCCCUCUACCUUAGCACGGAGAAUGCCUGAGGCCUGAAGGCAUUUCCAGUGACUGCAACGUGUUAUUCCCCCUCCCUCCAACUCAGCGAUGAAUGAGGGAGAAUAUGUCUUGUGCAAGUGGAAGAAGCGUUUGUGGCCAGCAAAGAUUUUGUCUAGGAGCUGUGCUUCCAGGAAACGACAGGCUCCUAAAGAUGCAGCAACCUUUUUCUUAGUUGAAAUCCUUGGUCCAGAUAAACAGGCCAAGGUGCGUCAUGCAGAUGUUGAACCCUUAAAGGAGGAGAGCAUUGGCAGCAUUGCUUCAAAAUUAGCUCAGAACACGAAGAGUCAUAAGGUCGUGGAAGAGUUGAUUUACCGGGGAGCUCUUCGGAAGGCUCUGAAUAUUUUGCAUCAAGACGCAUCAUUCAAAGAAAAAAGCCUUUUAGAGAUGGGAAAAAGUAAAGUAGUGGCCUGGAAGGAAGUCAAAGAACCAUCUUCAUCAACACAUGGGACUGUCCAUCACCUGCCUUCCUCUCAAAAUGAUACGCAGCAGAGGAGAGAGAAGACCUCUGAGGCAUCUGCAGUAUUAGAGAUUGGGAGUACCCAAUAUAAACGUUGGCUUCGUUCUGGAGCGAAAGCUGAGGGAUCUUCCAGUGCGAACAGAAGAUCGCCAUGUUUGUCAAAGGGGGAUGAAAGGCACUAUCAAGACAAGUCCAGGAGCGAAAGGAGUUCCCCCUCUACUACCUCUCCAUGUCUUGUUAGAACAAGCCCCCCAGCUCACUCUUUUCACAACUGGGCCAAGUCCACUCCAGACAAAAAGCUUGGAGGCAAAUUGGGGGUUAGCGGGGAGCUGCUAGGCUCACUUGUCAACUGUCCAUCAGCUGAAGUGAUAGAAGAUCCCUCGGAGAAAGAAGAGUUUCCACCUAGGAAAUACAGCAAAGACAUGAGUGGCCAGAAGCGUCCCCAGGAUUCGGAAGGCACCUGUCAGAAACCAACUCCUGUGGUUGCCUCUCUUGGCUGGGAAAGAAGAUGUGCGAGUCUCCAUGAGAGCUCAGCCUACAGCCCUGAUCCUGUUGGACCCAACCUGGAUCGCAUCCAAGAGGAAAACCCAUGUCCCUGUGGAGAUGAAGCAAAAAACUCCCUGUUUUGUUAUUUAGAAGAGAAAGCAGGCCGCAGGUCUUCCACUGAUCCAGAGCGGAGACUUAGUCCUAUCAGAGAGUCAUGUCUGAGCUCAGCUUUUGAGGCUGAAGAAGCAACAGAGGACGAGGAAGAGCUCCCCAGUAUCCUCUUGUAUCAAGAGCCUUGUUUGAUGGAAACAGGAAUGCUGGUUUGGUGCAAGCUCCGAAGAUACCCAUAUUGGCCGGCUGUGGUGAAAAAUGUGAGGCGGAAAGCUAAGAAGGCCAGUGUGCUGCUCAUAGAAAAGUGUAUGGAUGUCAAGAAAUCCAAAAGAUUCUCCUUCUAUCUAAGAAACUUAAAACACUUUGACUGUGAGGAGAAAGACAUGCUGAUAGAUAAAGCCAGAGAGAGCUUUCAGGAUGAAAUCAACUGGUGUAUUGACCUGAUUGCAGACUAUAGAAUACGAGUAGAAGGAAUGGAGGAAGGCAAGAUGGCUGGAGCUGAAUUGGUUAACCCUUUCCUGGCUGAACCACUCAUCACCUUUUCUCCCCAAGACCUUUGCUUCUUCCUUGUUUCCUCUUCUUUGAUGUCCUUACUGACAAGCUGCCAUUCUUUCACGGGCACCUUCUUGGAGUAUUGUGCUGACGAUAUGAGCUACCCAGUAAGAAAACAGACCCAUCACAUUCUGUCCCAGAUAAGCUUCCCCCGAAAGGAGGAGGGGGACUCUGAAGUGCCUCCGCCUGAGGAGGGGGACUCUGAAAAGCCUCCGCCUGAAGCAACUCCCACAAAGCCUGCUAAGAAAGUUCUUCCAGACAGGAUGAGAGCAGCCAGAGACAAAGCCAAUAAGAAGAUUGUCGAAUUCAUUGUGAAGGCCAAAGGGGCGGACGAGCAUCUCCGAGCCAUCCUGAAGAGCAAAAAACAGUCACGGUGGCUGAAUGAGUUCCUCAGCCCCCCUCCGUAUCUGACCUGCAUCGAGACGUACCUGGAAGAUGACGACCAACAGGAUCUUGUAGUUAAAUAUUUGCAGGGGGUUUACCGGGAAGUCGAUGCCCAGCUGCUUCCAUGCAGCAACGGUGACAGCAUCGUCUUGGAUGUCCUGUUUCCAGAGGCAAUUAUAUAUGCAAUUUCAGCCGUGGAUCGGAUUGACUACAAGAAGGCGGAAGAAAAAUACAUGAAGGGGCCACUGCUCAGCCACAGGGAAAGGGAGAAAUUUGAAGAGGAAAUCUUGGAAAAGAAAAAGAAGCAGCAGCAGCAGACCCUCUCUCCCGAAGACGGCUUGUAAAUCUGGCUGCUGUUUGAGUUUCAAGUUUGUGGCAGCGGCCCGCAUGCGUGUGUAGUAGAGAUGAAAACACAAUUAUUUUGUAUGCAAAAUUAAUUUUUAAAAAUUGUUUAUAAUCCAGGUGUAUAUUCAGUGCUUCAGCUAGCGGGCGAUAUCCAUCUCCCCAGCCCACCCCAACUGUGCUUUGCUGGAAGGAUGAACACUCAGACCAGCCUGCUUGGUAUGACUUCUCUGCCCCCCUUUUACCUGGCACUGGCCAAAAUUCAAGUGUGCUGUGCGGUGGGGAUCAAUGUCUUGUGACAACCCCCCCCCCCCCCCCAGCAAUCAGUUGCUCUCAAUAAAUCUGAGGUUCUUGGAGGAAGGUUUGCUUCUGAGAGUGACUGCACCCUUCUUCUACCCCCCCCACCUGUUUAACUGUGGUUAAACAGUUUUGCCUGGUACCUGAAGCCUUACAAAAGUCUGCUAAACUGGCAGCCAUAAUCUCUCUUCCAACCCACCAUCACCUCUGUGUGCGCUGUGGGGUGGGGUGUCUAGCUGAACUGAAUCCUGAGGAGCUCUUCCAAAAUUCUGCAGUGUUUGCACAGGUCAUUGUCUCCUUAAUCCCCCUCCCCCCAUGCAAAUCCAUCCCAACAGCCUGGGAGAAGCUGCUCGUAAGAGAAAAGAGCUUCUAGCCUAACCCUUUGGUCUGUGGCUCCAGGCUGCCUAAAAUCUUCUGGGCCUCUAAAAUUAAUUUGCUAGGCUUGUGAUGGGCUGAACUCUUCUGUCGCUCCUGUUGCCUACACUGUAAAACAUUUUAAUUAAAAAAUUGCAGAUAAUAAACUUGCAGAUAAUAAACUAAAAUAAAUAAUAAAUC